AUGGACAAAAAAGAGACUGAGAGUUCUGGUCAGAACCAUCCGGCUUCGAUCAUACCUCCGCCACAGGCUUUGGCGCCUGGAAUGGCACCACGAGUGGACUCGAUCUCGAUGUAUACCAACUUCAAUGCCCCACGGCUUUCCACAGAUGCGUCGAUAAACUCGUUUCUCAAUAUCUCUGAAACCCAGGGCCAAAGCUUAGGGGGGGUGCAGAACUUACAACAGUCAGGUCAGCAAUCGCAACCCCAGCAAGGCCAAUUACGACAGGACCCUGGGCCCUAUAGCCGAGGUUACUCCAUAAUCAAUGGAUUCUGGCCCGGCUCCUCAGCUGGUCAAUCUCAAAUGCCUACUCAACAAGAUGCCGGAAAUCAGUUCACCGCAGUACGCCGCCAGAGCGAACAAUUGGAGCCUUUUUUUCCGCGCUUCAAAACGCCGAGUUUUUCCUCUGGAAGGUCUGGCUCGAUUCAAUACCAACAGCAGUAUGUACCACCCCCCAGCGGUGGUGGCCAUAGAGGAUCUGAUAUUCUGAUACCGGGAUCCAAGCGGAACUCCUUCUUUUUUUCUGGUGCCGAGCCUCCAGAUUUAGAUUUCUUUACCUCAGGGAAACGCGAUUCUCAACCCAUCAUGAAACCGCCACAUAUUCUUCCUCAUCGAAAUAGCUCAUCAGCUGGUCUGCCAUUCCUUAGGCGCCCCAGCUUGUCAAACCCGCUGUCACACCUCAAUAAUCCUCCGGCAGGAAUAGCCAAUGAUUCACCUAGUACUAGUUUGGAAAAUAACCAUCAUAGCUCAGUUCCGACAAUUGCUAGUACGGAUAGCGCAGGAAACGCUCCACUUAAUGCAAAUGUUUCUACAGACUCUAGGGCCGCUCCUCCUCCCACACAGGAUUCUGAUCUCGAGGCGAUCUUCAAUCAGAGCCUUUCUUCGCGGAAAAAUUCAUUGCGCUUCUCGACAGAUGAUUUCGAUUUCGACUUCAGGCGACGCGAAUCGUCGAUUCGCGGCUUGCUUGAUAAUCAAGGAUUCAUUCCCAUGUUAUCUAGUGGAACAAAUAAAAUUGGCUUGAAGGAUCUUCCGCCCCGCGCCAAAUCUCUUUCCGGAUCGCCUCUUCCUAGAAGCCCAGCUGAUGACGAUUUUGGUGCUCAUUUUCGCACACAAGCACCGCCUAUGCCACAGCGAAACGAGCUCGCAACCCAGGACAAAGAUGAUUCAGAGCCCCCAGAAAGGAAAAUAAGACGUAUGGGUCAGGACGAAAGUCCCAAAGUCAAAGCAGAACCUUUGGAAAAUACGGUAAACUACUUGGAGCCCAAGGAAUUACUGUUGGCAUCGGAUGACGGCAGGCCGCUUCUAGGUGCCACGAAAGUAGAUCAAUUAAUGCUGAUGAUUCAAGCUCGAAAAAAGGGAGUGACAGAUCGGGUGCCCAGGAAUGCAGAUGGUUCUCUAUUGCUCGAAGAUGCACCAUCAAUUAUUCCUCCAAUGAGUGAGUUGGUGGGUGGUGUGGAAAAGCCAAAAAGCCGCUGCACAAAGCAGCACGAAUGCCCUUACUGUCAUAAAUGUUUUACGCAAGCUACUCAUUUAGAGGUACAUGUAAGGUCGCAUAUAGGCUACAAGCCUUUCCAGUGCGAGCACUGCGGGAAAAGAUUCACACAAGGUGGAAAUUUACGUACUCAUAUCAGACUCCACACCGGAGAAAAGCCAUAUGAGUGUGAAAAAUGUGGUAGGAAGUUUUCCAGGAAGGGAAACCUUGCUGCUCAUCGGUUGACCCAUGAGAAUUUAAGACCAUUCAGCUGCAAACUCGAUGGAUGUAACAAGAGUUUCACACAGCUUGGAAACAUGAAGGCCCACCAAAAUCGAUUUCACCUGCAUACUUUAAACGCUUUGACCCAAAGGUUGGCCGAGAUGGACCCGAAUGAAGAUAUUGCCUCGGAAGAACGAGAGCUGCUCGAAUACAUCGGAGACCUUUACAAAAACUCUAAUAGAGGUAUCAAAGGACGAGGGAAAGGAAAUACUCGUAUCGCUAAAAGCGACUUCUCUCCUCAGUUUACGGCCACCCAGCCUCAAUCCUCCAAUAGUGCAAAAUUAUUGGCCACAGGGAACCCUUCACAGGUUAUACCCAAAACUAUGGCUUUACCACAGCCCAUGGACCCUACUGAUCGGCCGGAUAUACCGUAUAAACCGGAUCUGGUUACAGAUGAUCCUUCUAAUCAGCUAACGGGUCAUUCGUCGCAGGGUGCAUUGGGUGCUGUUGGGGACCAGCCAUCAACUUCCGACCCCCGAGACCAUGGUUAUCAAUACAACGUUGGCUCUCAAGUGAAACUUGAACCUCGAGACCAGUUUCGGUCUCACAUAAACGGAGGUACCGGUAUGCGGUUCAAAAAUGUCACUUACUAG